UCCUCCUCCUCCACCCCAAGCGCAAGGCAGGCGGCGGGCUCGACAGACAUGGCGGCGGCGCGGUGGCUGCGGCUAAGCGCCCGAGGUCGCCGAGCGCUGCUGGAGGAAGCGCUGCUCCCGUCGGUGGCCGCGGAAGGGAGCGUUAGGCAUUGGUCAGAAAAUGCAGCUCUUCAGAAAAAAUCGGAUAAACUAGCUGUUCUUCAAGCACUUGCCUCAACUGUGAAGAGGGACAUCACAGCUGCAAACUACAUGUUUCAAGAUGACCCUUUUCUCAUCCCUAGAAAUAUUCGUGAGUAUCGUUUAUAUUCCUUAUCAAAAGAAUCUGGAAAAAAUGCUGCCAAAUAUGUUGUUGACACACAUCCUGAAUAUUUUCAGAGGGAUAUUGCUGAACCUCACAUACCGUCCUUGAUGCCACCGAAGGUCGAAUUACAGCCUGAGGAAGUGAGUGAAGAAGCACUUAGAAAUCAGAUUCAGUUGAGGAAAGUAAACGCUUCUGUGGACAUGUACGAUCAACUUCUGCAAGCAGGAACUACCAUACCUUUGGAUACAUCAAAUAGUCUUUUGGAUCUCUUGUGUUUUUAUGGAGACCGUGAACCUUCUGACAUGGACAGCCAUGUUGAAGAGAAGCGCGAGUCAGAAGAACUGCAAGAAGCAUCAGAAGAGAAGAGGCAGAGGGACACCCCUAAUGGCCGACACAUGACGUGGAGGAAAAAUAAUAAUGCUGAGAGGAUAUUUAAGCUAAUGCCAGAAAAAAACGCACAUUCGUACUGCACGAUGAUUAGAGGAAUGGUGAAGCACAGAGCAUAUGAAGAUGCUUUUGGCAUGUAUGCUGAGUUAUUGAACCAUGGGUUUAAUGCGGAUGUGUACACCUUCAAUGCACUCAUUUUAGCAGCUAAAGAAAUAAAGUCAUUGUCCGUUGAACGAUGUGAAUUUAUCGAGGACUUGCUGAGGCAGAUGAAGCAACAAAAUGUGCAGCCGAACCUGCUAACUUUUAAUUCUGUGCUGAAAACAAUGAGGUUUUCUGGUAAUCCUGGCAAACGUAUGGCCAUGAGGACCCUGAAUGAGAUGAAAGCGCUAAAUAUAGAACCUAGUCUUGCAACAUAUGAUCAUCUCCUUCACAUUUUUUAUAAACCUGACAAAUUCUUCAUAACAGCCAUGAGAAUAUGCCUGAAUCUGAAGGAUAUCCAACUUGCCUACCAGCUUAAUAGAAUACUGGAUACAGGAGAGAACAGAAAAAUGAUGAGAAACCAUUUCCAGCAAAUGCGUUACUGGGGAAGAUUUUUUCACUUACUAUGCAUAAUGGAACAAUUUGAUGUGAUAAUGAAAUGGUAUAAAGAACUAGUUCCUUCAGUAUUUUACCUAAAUGUUGAAGGGAUGCAGAGUCUUCUACAGGCAUUGGACACAGCCAACCAUUUGGAAAUUGUUCCCGAACUCUGGAAAGACAAUCAACAAUUUUCGCACCACCAGAGAUUUAUUAUUGCAGAGGAAGUUUUGGAUCUGAUGGCCAGAGACGUGCAGCCUCUUGAGACACAGAUUGCAUUUGCCGACUGUGCUGCAAGCAUAAAAUCUCUCUAUGAGGGAGGAGAAUUUAAACAAGUCACCCCCGAGUGGACAACUUCUGUUUUGAGUCAUAUCACUAUAUUAUUUGCCAGAGCUGGGAGAGCACAAGAAGCCUGGAAAAUGCUGGAGUUUUUCAAAAAGCACAACCGAAUACCCAGUUGUUUGGUGAUGAAUGAGAUCUUGAAUUGCAUAAAGCAAGAAAACCAAACCAAGCAGGCGUUUGACCUAGUAAAACUGGCUGCUAGCUUCAGCUUACCUUCAACUUCAGAUCUUGCCAAGAGAGUUCUGGAAGAAUUUCAGCUCUCAGAAGAGGAAAAAAAGGAGCUGGUUGAGAUGACGGAAGAAAUCGACAUUGACAGUGAGUAGAUGCCAAGAAGGAACAUCUUCUUUUUCCUGAAGAAAAGGGCAAGCUCUCCAGAUCUGGCAGCUUAGCUGACAGGAUGAACUGGUAUAAUUUAUUUCUGCUGGUCACUCAACCUCAUGUUUGAGAACUUUCAGUGUGAAGAAUAAUAAAAAGGGGGCUCAGGCUGAACCCUGUUUCAGGGCAUUUGUUCCCACCUCCCAGCCCUUCUAUUUGGAAGAUUAGAACUCUCUACUGGGUCACAGAAUUGUUCUCCCAUUGCAUUGUUUCUGCCAUUAAAAUAAAUUAAGGUGAAAUAUA